UCUGUUUAUCCGCUCAUCUGGCAAACGUGGCAAAGCAUUAGGGCGCGCCUAGGGCUGCUUCUUCGGCGGAACAAGCUCCGUUUAUCCUCCACGCCUCCGCAUUCCCCUCUGAUCAUCCUUCGCCUUUCCUACGAGCGCCAUCUGCUCACGAUUGCACCUCCUGCUCCGCGCGCCAUCUCCCGCCGCCCUCCCCCUAGUCCGUCCCCAUGCCGCCCGGCGCAGGCCGCGCGCUCCGCCAGGUCAUGAAGGACCUGCGCUCCCCUAACCGCAGCCCCGCGCGGCGGCGCACGGAGCCGCCGGAGUACGACGACGAGUGGGAGGACGAAUAUGCGGGGACUGGGGCGGGAGGAGCCGCGGAGGCGGAAUCCAGAGGCGCGCGCGCGCCUGCUACUUCCAGCCGCCCGCCCGCGCAGGCGCAGCAGCGGGGGCGGAACGGCGCAUACUCCGCGGGCGGGAACCCGCGCGCGUUUCCGCACGCAGUGAAGGUGGCGUGCUGGGAGAAGGCGGAGAAGGUCCCCGGGCGGGAUCCGGACAGGUGGCGCAGAGACGCGGCGGGGAACGUGGUGUUUCGGCAGCUGGUGGCGUGUAAAGGGUGCGUGUGCUACGACUACGACCACAUAGUUCCGUAUUCUAAGGGUGGCAAGAGCACGUUGGACAACUGCCAGGUGCUACAGACGGCAGUCAAUCGAGCCAAGGGCGCUCGCAUGGACAUGACACGCACGGAGUUAAUGCAGCGCAGCACCUACUGCAGCCUCUCUAAGCGGGAUUUUGAUGCAGUGGAGAUUGCUGCAUAUGGUCAGGUAGUGAAGAAUGAAGGUUCGUCUUCUGGUUGUGCGCUUCAGUGAUCACUGAUCAACUAUUCGGUGCCAUGUUAGACGCGGACCGUCGCAAUCCUUCGUUAUAAUCAUUGAUCGGAGCUCCAACAUUUGUUUAUAUUAUUUCAUUUUGCAAUAUGUACUGCAUUCUUGAUCUUAGGCAGCUGUUGUGAAGUGCGGUGAGUUUAGGAUGGUGUAAUGCGGGUGCUUCAUUCGCAAAAAUUGUGAA